UGUUGUUGUGUGGGCGGCCUUCCGUGUGUAUCGCAUUCGCAUCGAAAUCGAACGGAAUCAAAGUCGGGUGUGUUUUUCAAACAUAAAUACAAGCAUUUAAUCCCGCGAGGUGCCAACAGUGUUUUAGGCGCCAUUGCGCUUCCGCUAAUUAAUAAAAAUUUUAAACAAAACCCAACAAAGUGGAAAAAGUGUUCCAAAAAGAAAAAUAACCAAAAGUGCUAAUUAAUAACACACACAAAUAAGGAAAACAAAUAGAAAGAUAUCCACAACACAACAAUAAGUAUUAGUUAAUCAAAGAAAAUGGGAAAGCUGCUGAGCCUGCUGUCACGCGACGACUCGAAUUGUUGCGCCGCCAAAUCCUACGAUGUCUUCCUGGACUUCGAGAAUGCCGCGCCCACGGAAACGGAGCGAGAGGUCUACGACGAGGUGGAGCGAGUUCUACGGGAAUCGGAGGUGGUUCUAGACGAGAUACAGAUCUAUCGGGGUGCCGGCAAGGAAAUCCGAGAAGCCAUCGCCGAUCCCUCGCCGGAGGUGACGAGCAAAGCCUGGGCAGCGGUGCUCCCGCUGGUCAACAAGCUGAAGCGCUGCUACGAGCACUCCAUGGAGCUGGACAAGAUUGUGCCCAAGCUGCUGGGCCAGCUGGUGGGCGGAAAGCUCAAUCCGACACAGCAUCUGGAGACCCAGCAGGCGCUGGUCAAGCAGCUGGCCGAGAUCUUGGAGUUCGUGCUGAAGUUCGAUGAGUACAAGAUGAAAACACCCGCCAUACAGAAUGAUUUUAGCUACUACAGACGCAUUGUCAGUCGGCAGCGAGUGGACUCCACGGAGAAUAUGCUGGUCAGCACGGAGCUGGCCAACCGGAUGUCCUUGUUCUACGCCCACGCCACGCCCAUGCUCAAAGUGCUGAGCGAGGCCACCUCAAAGUUCGUCAACGAUAAUGCCGAUGAUGUCCAGAACACGACGGAAACGCUGGGCACCAUGGCUAAGGUUUGCCUGAGGAUGCUGGAAAAUCCAAAACUCCUGCAACAGAUCGAGCGUGAGGACACGAAAAUGCUGGUGCUGCGCGUGAUGGUCGGUCUGGUGAUCCUCUACGACCAUGUGCAUCCGGAGGGGGCCUUCGUGCGGGGCGCCCAUGUGGACGUGAAGGGGUGCGUUCGACUGCUGCAGGCGCAGCCGGCCAUCAAGGCGGAGCCUCUUCUGAAUGCCCUGCGAUACACGACGAAGCAUUUGAAUGGGGAGAACACGCCGAAGAACAUACAGCGCCUGCUGGCCGCAUAAUAUCGGAGGGGAUCGCAGGGAUGAGAGUUCAUUAACGUUAAUUUCUAUGUGUAUGCGUAUCGAUUUAAAUGGUUUUACUUUAUUUAUGUAAUUAGUAGGCUUCUGUAUUAUUUGUAAAAAUUGUAAGCGAGUGUUGUGCUGGCAGGAGGCAGCCUCUAGUUUUAUUUUUACCCUGUGUGCAUUUCCAGCAUUUGUUUCGUACUGUUUUAGACUCCAGCCGCCUCCACGUAACGUAACGAAGUCGGAUGAUGUGGAACGCAUAUAUCAGCAGCAACAAUAUUUAGUUGAUAAUCUAGCCCUAAUUUUAAGUAAUGAAUGGAACCCAAUUAACCUAAACAACAAAUUAGCGCAAAGUUUAAACCGAUGGUUGGGGGAGAUAUGUAUGAGAGAUAAAUCCUAAAUUUCACUAAAGCAGAGAUUAUAAAUAUAAAAUAACACUUUUAAAUCAAAUCUAGACUAUUUUUUUGUAAAUGACGAUGUGUAGUAGAACGAGGUGUAAAGAUCUUAAAAAUGCGUAAAUUAAUUGAAUACUAUAACAAAAGAAUUGUACGAACUAAAAUGCCUACACACACACACAACUGAACCAUAAGCAGAAAGCGGAUGCAUUUAUAUAUUUCCACGCCGUCAACUUUGAUAAACGUAUUUAAACAAAUCUACAAAAUAAACUUGAGCUGCGCAAUAAUAAUAAUUUUUAGGAUUUA